AUGGUCUUUGAAGCGCAUAAUAAAGAUGUUCUGUUUACCAUCACACCUGAAUGGCAAAAAUUUGAAGUUUGUGAUGAGCUUUCGAUAUUUAGGACAUAUCGUAUCGGCAGUGACCUGUGGAAUGAUUGGGACAUGGACAGGGAAAGCGGUUCCUUACUGUACGUGCUAAUAUUAUUAGCAAGAAGUUUAACAAAUGAGGCCAUGAUACCAAAAUAUUACUAUUCAAAACCUAUUACUGUUAAUCGCUUUACAUCUACAAUGUUCGCUAAGGCACGCGUGCUGGCGCUCGAUGUUUGA